UUUCUUUCUCCCCCACCGAGACAGAGAGAGAAGAUAAAACAGACGCAACAAACAAAACAAGAAUCGAAGCAAGCAAGCCCGCAGGUGUGUUCUUCACACGUCACAUUUCACUCUCCGCUCACUCUAGCCACGUCUAUCUUUCCCUUAAUCCUCGCGAGCCUUCGUCUUCCUUUACCACUCGGAAGAAAAAAAGGGAAGAAAUCCGAUUCAUGCAAUAAAACUGUACGAUCACCAUCCGGUGAUCUCUCUCCGUUUAGUGUUCCUCCGGUUUCUCCGAUCUUAUCCGUAGAGAAAAAGAUAUUUAUCGAACACUGAAAUUUUGAGUUUCCACAGCGUCAGUCUUUGUUGAUUCUUAGCUGUUAGAGAGAGAACAAAUUAUAGAGAUAGAGAAAGAUGCAGAGGCUGCGGAGUCCGCCAAAGCACAGGCACGACGGGACUUCGCCGCUGCCGUUAGGGAUGGAUUGGAGUCCUCCUCCUCGAAAAUGGAGUGGGCGAGAAACCAUUUGGCCUCAUGAUCCUAGAACAGGAUGGAGUUACUGUGUUGCUAUACCAUCCUGGGUCGUGGUCCCAAAAUCAAGAGAUUCAGAUCCCGUAGUGUUUUACAGGGUUCAGAUCGGUUUACAAUCACCAGAAGGGGUUACAACCACGCGUGGAGUGUUGAGAAGAUUUAAUGAUUUUAUGAAGUUAUUUACUGAUCUUAAGAAGGCAUUUCCUAGAAAAAAUCUCCCACCAGCCCCACCCAAGGGGCUUCUGCGUUUGAAGAGCAGGGCACUCUUGGAAGAGAGAAGGUACUCUUUGGAGCAGUGGAUGACAAAACUGCUGUCUGACAUUGAUUUAUCAAGAAGUGUUUCAGUGGCAUCCUUUCUUGAAUUAGAAGCUGCUGCGAGGUCUUCAUUCCAAGAUGUAAAUCAGCAGUCAUCAGAAGCUAGUCCCUCCGGUGAUAGUUCAACUUCCUCACUUCAGAUACCUCCAAAUUUAAGUUCUCUUGCUACCGGUUCAUCAAUUGCAUCAGAUUAUGGUAGUGAUACUGCUUAUGAAACAUCUGAUCUUGGAACACCUAGGUUAGAAAUAGAUGAAAAUUUUGGAAUUGGCUUGGGGGAUCUAGCACUGGAUGAAGAUCUGACCAGUCCUAUGGAAAAACUUGUGAAGUAUGGCAUGUCAAACAUUGAUGAGGGACUGUUUAUGGGACAGACUAUUCUAGAGCAACUAGAAGGUCUUCCUAGGCACAGACCACACGGUGUGCAUAUAAAAAAUGUCACAGCGAAAGAUGUAUAUAAUGGAAAUGCAUCCAAAGCUUCAUUUUUUCCUGGAAAUGGGAUGGAACUUUUCUCUGAGCCAGGGCCUGCUAAGGCAUUUGGUCAUGUUAGAAAGUUGUCCAGUGAGAGUGUUGGAAGUGACGGAAGUUCUCUACGAGGAAGUGAAUUAUCAAACACUGGGAUACCAAAUUCAUCUGGUGAUGGAUCUCUUGACCUUCCAGGAAUAGCUGAGGUAUUGAGCUCUGCAGAAGUUGUUGGUAAUGCAGAGCUGCAGUUUUCAGGUGAUGCACACAUAGUACUUCCUAUGGAUCAGCAUCAUAAAAUGAACAGGGUUCUAUUAACGAUGCAGCGGAGGCUAGUCACAGCUAAAACAGACAUGGAAGACCUCAUAUCAAGAUUAAAUCAGGAGAUGGCCGUAAAAGAUUACCUUACAACAAAGGUCAAGGAUCUGGAGGUGGAACUCGAAACUAACAAACAGAAAAAUAAAGAAAAUAUGCAGCAAGCUAUUUUGAUUGAGAGGGAAAGGCUCACCCAAAUGCAGUGGGAUAUGGAAGAAUUGAGACGGAAAUCGUUGGAAAUGGAACUGAAAUUGAAGUCAAAAGAGGGUGAGCAGUCAAGUACAGAAUUUCAAAUGGCAUCUACCUACCAUGAGAAAGACAUGGUACUUGAGGAGUUGGAUACUACUAGAAAGCUACUUGAGGAUCUGUCUACGCGAUAUGAAGAACUUGAAGCGAAAUCCAAAGCAGAUAUUAAAUUUCUUGCAAAAGAAUUUAAAUCCCUUAAAAAUUCUCAGACAACAUUAAAGCAGGAGCUUAGCCAAUCACUGAAGGAAAAAUCUGAAGUUGAGAAACUUCUUCAUGAGGAAAGAGAAAUGAAGGAGCAUGGGAAAAUUGCUCGGAAGAAACUGCUACGUGAUUUUAUGAUUCUGUGUGACCAGCUGCAAGAAUGCAACGUUAAUUUGUUGAGUGAAGAUGAUAAUUUUGUUGUGGACUUUUCACUGGCAGAUGCUUUGGAUUUGUUGACUACAUCUGAUGAUCAGAUUGGCCAUCUAUUAACGGAGGCACAACAAUUAUUUGAAGAUGAUAAAAUCACUGCUGCUGACGACAACUUGAGAUCAACCGAUGAUGAACUGAGGAAUAUGUUGGCAAAUCUCUUCACUGAUAAUGCCAUGUUGAGAAAACAGGUGAACUCUACUAUGCGACGUGCUCUUAAAAUGGGCAGCAUCUCUAGGAGUAGUAAUGACGUGGCUCCUUCAAGUAAUAAUCAUGUAGAAAGAUAAAAAGUAUGGUCGAAUAUUAAAUAUUGUAAUUUUUUUAAAAAGAAGUAAAAGGCGUCUUUCAAAACUAUAAUAGGAUUAGAGGUAAUGGGUGACCUGUUUUGCACUGUUCAUUUCACUAAACCAGAAAUUAACUCGAUGUAAUUGUGGUUUCACGUAUUGAGUUGUCUGAAAGAAAUUGCCUCUCCAGAGAUGUAUUUUUUUAUUAUUAUUUUUUUAACUGGAAUGAUGAGAAUAAGCAUCAAGUAAA